CAGCCCCUAUGGCUUUGAUCAGGUGCACUAAGACAGUACUCUGACCUCAUACCUGGAUGGACCGGUCAGUGCAGUAAGAGGGCAGUGAGUGGGCAGUGGUCAGGGACCAGUAAGAUUAAGUCUAAGACUGAAAGGUGUAGCCAUUUUCCAAGAAGUUACUGAGGAUAUUCUUUUCUUAUACAUUCCGCCUAGGACAAGAUAAAUGACUCCAUGCAAAGUUGUGUCAGUGUACAGGUAAUUUCAGUGGGAAGUGUUUGAGAAGUUGGAGAGAGGAGGAAGAAUGAGCAGCUGAACCCAAAAAAUCAUUUUAUAAUACAUGGGUUACCUUUUGAGCAAACUUCAAAGGAUAAAUUCAAUGAUACUGUAAUAUGAUCAUUUAACUCGAGCCUUUGAUAAAAAAGAUCCUGGUUAGAUAUUUUGAAGGAAAAGCGAACCUUGCAUCACCUAAAUGACACCUUUCACAACACAGUUGCCUGGGACUUUCAUAGAACUAUGAACAGUUUAUAUUUAGGAGUUUAGGGAGUGAAAACAUUGGGGAAGAGCAUCUGUAUCUUUUCAGUGGAAUGAUAUAUGCCAGUUCCUGCCUGAUGCCUGGACACAUAAAUAAGAGAAACAGCUGACACUUCUACUGAUCUCAUCUGGACGGGAUAGUAGCGAGAGAGAGAAAAAGAGACAGAAGGAGAAAGAUUUCAUUUACCAGACGCACACACCAUAUUCCUGCCAUUAUGAAACCCUCCGCACCAUUCCAAGUUCACUUUUUCUACGUGUUGCUUCUGUUUUUUGUCAAGUUGUGCUCUGGACGGUCAGUAGCAGACAAAGAGAAUGACCAGAUCAACCUGCUGGCGGACCAGACUGAUAAUGAGAGGGGUCAAAAUGACCAGUACAUGCACCCUGGGAAUCUGGGUAAAGUUCUGCAGCACCUGCUGGGCCAGAUGAAGAUGAUGCAGGCAGUCCAGGAGAAAGAGAGGACAGUGCUGGCAGGACUAGAAUCUGCAGUGGCUGCUCAGGCCAGAGAGAUUGUGAUGUUGAGAACUAAGGUGAUCGCUCUGGAGAACCUUCGCGGGGAGAAUAAAGACAGUCUGGAAGAACUGACCAAGCAGUCGGCCAACCAGGGCUGGGGAAUCAUGGACCUUAAAAACCAACAGACGUACCUCUUUGGAAACCUGACAACGAUACGCGAUAGAGUUGACAACUUGGCACAGGAAGUGCAGUCCAACAACACCCAAACUGCACACAGGAUUAAUAAGAGGUUGAGUUUGUUGGAGAAAGACAUGAGAGAUCUCAGAACUGGGGUUAUAAAGGAUAAAACUGUUCUUAAACAGCUUCAGACUGGACUGCAAAGUUUUAUAUAUGAAACAGAAGAAAAAGAAGACGAUAAAACUACGACUGUUGUAACCUCAUCAUCAUUGCCACCUACAACAACAACAACAGCAUCAACUACAUUACCAUCUUCAACUUCGUCAUCAUCCAACAACCCUUCAUUCCCCUACUCUGUAUAUAAACCGUCUUUCUCAGGCAGCGAUAGGUUAAAUGUGAUAGCAAAUGUGAGGUAUGCACCUGAGGAAGAAGGGUCAGGAGACAUUUCUCCUCUGGAUGCCAUUUUGUCAAAAUUGGAAGAAAAAGAAAAUACAAUAGACAACAAAAUUCACCACCUCACCCAAUAUGAGAGAACAAUAAAGGAGGAAGUUACAGGAAUGCACAAACAUGUACAGCAACAAGAUAGCAGUCUAUUAAAACUAGAGGACUUGAUCAACAACGUUACACUACAGCUCACCAAUGUAAAGAAUAGUGUGGAAAAUGACCAGAAGGUGGAAGCUGUCCAAGAUGAGCUGAAGCAGUUGAAGGGAAAAGUCAAUAAUAUCAGUCAACAGUGGCAAUAUAAUAAGAAAGCCUUUGUUAAUAUUAGCGUGGAAAGUAAAAAGCAACUGGAGAAUCUCCUCCAACUCAUUCAGCAGAACAGUGAGGAGGGAGAAUCCAUGAAAACUCUCUUCACAGAGAUGAAUUACGAGAGCACACAGAAAUACAACUACCUUCGCAGCCAAAUAGACGUUGUUGGUUUUGACUUCAAAGAAAUAAAACACAAGCUGCAAUACAUGAACAGUCAGGCCAGUAACGCCAUAUCUGAGAUAGGAGAAGACUUCCACACACUUCGUAACCAGUACAACUCAAUUCACGAUCGCCUCGCUCAUGUAGAGGUCAAAGUUCUCAACGCGUCUCUCAUUUCAUGUCAGAAAUCCAAUAGGGACUGGCUGCAGGAGUCAAAGCUGAUAGAACUGGAGAGGGAGCUCUCAGAGACCAAUAACAAAAUAGAAGAUGUUGAAGACAAUGUGAAACGUGUUCAGAACAACCUGCAGCGUGUGUAUAAGGAAUUCUCUGCGAAGAGCACUGUAAUUGAUGAAUUAGUGGUCCAAGCAGAUAACAUCACAAGUCAGCUUCCUAUGUUGUUACAUGUCCAGAAAGAGGUCAAUAAUUUUGUUAUGGAUUUACCCACUGACUGCCAGGAAAAGAACUACAAUGGAAACCAGCUGACGGGUAUUCACCUCAUCAAACCUGUGAGGAGUCGUGAAUCUCUACGUGUAUUCUGUGAAAUGGACAAAAAUGGCGGAUGGACAUUCAUCCAAAGACGCCUGGAUGGAUCUGUGGAGUUUGGUCGGCCAUGGAAGGAAUACAAGGCAGGGUUUGGGGAUGAGCAAGGAGAAUUCUGGAUUGGAAAUGAAAACUUGCACUUUUUAACGUCCCAAACUAAUUAUACUUUGCUUAUAGAAAUGUGGGAUAUAUAUAGUAAUUACUGGUAUGCCCAAUAUGACUACUUCAAAGUUGACAACGAGAGUAACAAAUAUGCCCUCCAUGUUGGAGGUUACCAUGGCAAUGCAUCAGACUCGCUGUCAUACUCCAAUAACAUGGCGUUCAGCUCACUGGACAGAGACAAUGAUGCCAGCAGCACCCACUGCGCCAAGUUUUACACCUCUGGCUGGUGGUACAAACACUGUCACUAUAGCAACCUUAACGGGAGAUAUAGCAUAGGGAUUGUGUGGUUUAAUCACGAGAGAGACGAGUGGAUGGAAGUGAAAAGAGUGAACAUGAAAGUACGACCCUUACGGUCCUCAAUAUCUGGUGAUGUUAGUUGAUAAUGGUAUUGUGUCAGAACUUUAUUUUUCAUUUUGUCAGUAUGAGUAUUUUUGUCCAUGAUCUGUGUUGAAAGAAUGAAACGAUAGACUGCCACAAAGUUUGCCAAUAUUCUGUAUGGUGAGGUCAUUUUAAUGUAUGAGAUAUAAUGCAUCUUGUGUAUCUUUUUAUUUUGUCAAAGUCGUGUAGCUUAGAACUUGUCGCGUGAAUGAAUGAAGUGCCACAGUUUUGCCAAUACUUCUGUACAUGAGUGACUUUGUAGUUAGAUAGUAGUAACCUUGGAGCAGCUGUGAGUGUAGUAAACCACCCCUCUAAUAAUUUACACAGAAUUAAUGACACGUCAUAAUUCUUCAAUUAAAGUGAAAAUAACAAGUGUUCCUGGUGUACUAUAUAUAAGUAUAUCAGUAAAUGGUAUCAAGAUUGACUAGACAACUGCCGUCCGUUUAUUACAUUUCUAUGAAAUAAAAUGUAUGUAUAUAUAGAAAGUGGGC